AGUCGCACCAUCGUUGGGGCCUUAUCUCUCUCCCUAUUGUCCGUGUGUGAUAGCCCUUCCAUUCCAACCCUUGGCCUUUUACUUUGUAUUCGUGGUUUCCGGUAUUCGCUCCCCUUCUUUCUCCAUUCUGGAUUGCAUCGGAUCCCUCGCUGCGGAUCUGGUUGCGUUUGGUUUCAAUAAUUUUCUUGAAAUCUUGCUCCUCAGAGUGGCGUAGGGAAGAGAGUGUGUGAGAGCGAGAGAGAGAGAGAGAGAGAGAGGGCUCUCCCUUUUCGAUAGAUCUUUCACUGACUUCUUUUGAGGGGGUAGCCGGGGCCUCGGCCUCGGCGGCUUUCAAAGCCCCCACCUUCACAACCUCAUCACCAAAGCCCUAACAUCAAUUCUUUUCAUUUUUUAAUCCCUUUUUGAUCGUCGCCCCAAGAGAUGCCUGCCCUCGCUUGCUGCGUGGAUGCUGCAGCACCUCCACACCACGCAUUUUCUCCUGAUAUCUCUCUUUCGCCGCCGGUCAACUUCUCCGCCGACGACAACCAUUGGUCGCCCUCUCUAUCCGCCGCCCUAUACAACGUCGAUGGCUGGGGAGGCCCCUACUUCGCCGUGAACGCCGCCGGGAAUAUCUCCGUGCGGCCCCACGGUUCGGAGACCCUCUCCCACCAGGAGAUUGAUUUGCUGAAGGUGGUGAAGAGAGCCUCAGAACCCAAAUCUGGCGGGGGUUUGGGCCUUAGGCUCCCUCUCAUUGUUCGGUUCCCGGACGUUUUGAAGAACCGCGUCGAGUGCCUUCAAUCGGCUUUCGAUUACGCAAUCGAAUCCGAAGGGUACGAGUCUCAUUACCAAGGGGUUUUCCCCGUGAAAUGCAACCAGGACCGGUUCGUUGUCGAAGACAUAGUGAAAUUUGGUUCGCCCUUCAGGUUCGGUUUGGAGGCAGGGUCCAAACCGGAGCUUCUCCUGGCCAUGACGUGUUUGUGCAAAGGCAACCCCGAAGCACUCGUGAUUUGCAACGGCUUCAAGGACGCCGAGUACAUUACUCUGGCCCUGGUUGCCACCAAGAUGGCGCUGAACGCGGUGAUCGUUCUUGAACAGGAGGAGGAACUCGACUUGAUUAUUGACCUCAGCAAAAAGCUCAGCAUCAAACCCGUGAUUGGCUUGCGAGCGAAACUUCGCACGAGACAUUCGGGCCACUUCGGGUCCACUUCAGGGGAGAGAGGCAAGUUUGGCCUCACCACCGCUCAGGUUCUGAGGAUUGUGAAGAAGCUAGAACACAAAAACAUGCUGGAUUGCCUUCAGUUGCUCCAUUUUCACAUCGGUUCCCAGAUUCCUUCAACCGCGUUGCUGGCCGACGGUGUGGGAGAAGCCGCGCAGAUCUAUUGCGAACUGGUUCGUCUCGGGGCUAACAUGCGAGUCCUCGACAUUGGCGGUGGUCUGGGCAUAGAUUACGACGGUUCCAAAUCGUGUGACUCCGAUGCCUCUGUCGGGUACGGUCUUCAGGAAUAUGCUUCAGCAGUUGUUGGCGCGGUUCAGUGCGUCUGCGAUAGAAGGUCGGUUAAGCACCCAGUUAUCUGCAGCGAGAGUGGAAGGGCCAUCGUGUCUCAUCAUUCGGUGUUAGUUUUCGAAGCUGUUGGCGCGAGCGCUGCCCCGUCAUUGUCCUCCCUUGAACUGGAAUAUUUGGUGGAGGAGCUCUCGGAGGAGGCUCGCGCCGAUUACCAAAAUCUCUCCGAUGCUGCCCUGCGAGGGGACUAUGAUACGUGUUUGCAGUGGGCGGAGGAAAUGAAACAGCGAUGCGUGGAGAAGUUCAAGGAAGGGUCAGUGUGCAUGGAACAGCUGGCAGGCGUUGAGGGGUUGUGUGAUGUGGUGAGGAAGGCGGUGGGGGCGGGGGAACAUGUUCGGAAAUAUCAGGUGAACCUGUCGGUGUUCACGUCCAUUCCUGACGCGUGGAGCAUUGAACAGGUGUAUCCCAUUGUCCCCAUUCAUCGCCUGGAGGAGAAGCCAUCGGUGAGGGGGAUUCUCUCUGACUUGACAUGUGACAGUGAUGGGAAGAUUGACAAGUUCAUAAAGGGCGAGUCGAGCCUGCUGCUGCACGAAAUGGAAGGUGGAAACCGAGGGUACUAUCUCGGAAUGUUUUUGGGUGGGGCUUACGAGGAGGCGCUUGGUGGAGUCCACAACUUGUUUGGUGGCCCCAGCGUUGUUCGCGUCUCGCAGAGCGAUGGCCCCCACGCGUUCUCCGUCACUCGGGCAGUGUCUGGGCCCUCUUGUGGAGACGUCCUUCGAGUGAUGCAGCACCAGCCCGACCUCAUGUUCCAGACGCUCAAGCGCCGUGCCCAAGAGUGUGUUGCUGACGGCGACGUCUUCAGUGCUGCGGCCAUCGCCUCUGGGCUCUCUCGCUCGUUCAACACCAUGCCUUAUCUGGUGCAGUCGUCGUUGUCAUUGUCGAGUUGCUGCUUGUGUGCCGGAGAUGAAGGCAUAGUCGCAGAUUCUGCUGGAGAAGAUGAGCGAGAGCAGUGGUCUUAUUGCUAUGUUUGAGUCAUCCCUGUGUGUCUCUGUGUGUUACUUGUUGGUCGUCCAGGUGUGUUCUAUAAUAUUUUUUGUCCCUUUUGUCAGUUACUAUGUUUUUUUACUUUUAGCGCAUCAUGCAGAAGCAUUCGGUGUCCCCUGCAUUUUGUUUUGUAAUUUCGGCGUCUCAAUCGUAAUCCUCUUGUGGAUGGACGUCUAUGACUUUCGUUGUCAAGUUCUAGAGUAACAAAUUUUUAUUGCUCCUUUCCCUUCACUGUUAUACUUAGAAUAAAAAGUCGUUAUCACAAGUUCUUAUUUUAGUUAUCUCCCUCCCUCUCUUCUGUGACGUUAUUUGUUUUUCAAAUUGAAUUUGUUUGAUCGAGUAUGCUGUAUGGGUGGCGAGCGAAGGAGAUAGCGUAACUGAAGAAAAAGUUGGAUUCUGAUACCGUGGUUGUAGGUGGGGGACCUUCUUAAGAUUUUUGGCGACUGUGAGUCGUAACAAGACCUCUCCUCAAUGGAUGUUUGAAAUUUAGUUACUUUGAUUCUUCUGCAAAGUUAGAAUUGGCGGCUAGUAAUAUUGUGAAAAAGGCUAAAGUUGCUUGUUCGUUUAGUGGUUCAAGUUUUUGGAGAGGCGUGUCUGUUGCAUUCUUUGCUGGGGGUCUUGAUUGAUUGGAUGCUGCUGCUGGACUGAUGAAGGUUGGUAGCAUCACACACCUGUUACAUUGUUCCUAUGGGUUCAUGCACAAGAAUCUAUAUUAAUAACAAAAAUGUGUGUGUAGCGAAUGACUAACUGGCGUCCUUAAAAUUGUAUUUAUGUCAAAAUACGAUGGAACCGUUCUAUUAAUUAUCGCAUAAAAACUAAAAUUUAAUUAAUUAUUCUUUUUAAGAUAUAAGUUAAGAAUAAAAUAAUAUUUAUUAUUAAUCAAAUGAUUCUAUUUAUCCUCUUUGUUUUCAAAUCUUAUUUAAU